UUCUUCGAUAUUAUCGGGAAAUUUUUUACCACUCGGGGGAACUCCAUCCGGGAAAGCAAAGCUCCAUCUUUUCGACAUCGCUCUUUCGAUUCGGUUGAUCCAAGUUUUAGCAGACAACAUUGUAUUGGGAAGAGUUGAGAUGGAAGACAUGACUCCUUAUCAAGAAAAGCUAGAUUUGAACUUUGCUAUGAACAAAGACGAGCGGGUGCUUGAAAGCAACAACUAUGAAAAUCAUAUACCUAAAAAUAUGAUGGAAGGGGAUUUGAAUGAGGACAACUCUGGCUCUCCUGUACCACAAGAUUUUGUUAACAAUGAAGGAGACCCUGUUAACAAUUUUAGCACAGCAGAAGAUUCUUGCUUUGCAGUUGAACCCAGCGUAUAUCCUGAUGAUGUUGACUCAAGACCUUACAGUGAUCAUGCGGAUGGAACAAUGCCAAUUGAGGAUGGUCAUUACCAUGAGAAGGAAGAGUUUGUUGAAUGUGUUGGUGCUUCUAAUAACACAGAUUAUGCUACAGAAAACUCCAACAAGGAAAUAGUUAAUGAAGGAGCAGAUGCUCCUUCUCAGAAGCAACCUUCUGCAAUGGAUAAUCAUAAUGAUUGGAGAAUUGAAGCUUCAGACCAUCAAAACAACGACACACAUCCUUUUGAUGAAUCAGCAAAUGAGUUCGGAAAUUCUGAGAUGGAAGAGAGUGAACUUCUUAACCAGGAAACGGGUGGUGGGAGCUUUAGCCCCCAGAAUGAAGUGGAUGAAGAUAUUUGUCCCUCCAGAAUGUUGCCCUCUGAUAACGGGAAGGAUAAUGGGGAAAGGUAUUAUAGUUCUUCUCCUCAAAGAGGCAGAAGUGAUAUGCCAUCACUAGAGGGACAGUUAUCUGUUUCUAGAGAAAAGUCUCCUCACAUCCACUCGUCUGCAAGGCAAGAAGAAUUCGCAAAUAGUGACAAGAAAUUAAUACACUCACCAGACUCUUCUAGACAUAAGCAUUCACCCUCCCCUGAAAAGCAUGUUGUGGGUCGAAAGAGAGCUUCAUCCCAUGAUCGUUCAUCUCCACCUACGAAGAGGAAAUCCCCUUCAGGAAGGAUGUCUCGGAAAGCACCUAGAAGACACUCAUCCAGAUCACCUCCACGGCGUGAUUCACCCCGAAGGAAGGACAGGUCAGCAUCAAGAUCACCUGUGAGAGGGAGAGAAUCUUCUAGAAGGGAAAAUCGCGGUAGAUCUCGAUCCAGGUCUCCCUAUCAAAGAGAUCGCCCCAGGAGAUCCCCAAGGUACUCCUCAAGACGUAGAUCUCCUCCUGCCCACCAUUCUCAUCGUCGCUCUCCUAGGAGGGCUUGGUCACCACCUGCUAACCGUAGCACUGGAAUUGGUAAGCCUGGAAGGAACUUGUUUGUUGCAGGUUUUAGCUAUACUACUACUGAGAGAGACUUGGAGAAGAAAUUCUCAAGAUUUGGCCGGGUGAUGGAUGUUCGCAUAGUGCGAGAUAAAAGGUCAGGGGAUUCUCGUGGGUUUGGCUUUUUAUCCUUGGAAAGGGAUGAAGAUGCUGAUGCUGCCAUUCGUGCUCUUGACCAGACAGAGUGGAACAGUAGGAUUAUACUGGUGGAAAAAUCAAAGACAUCUGUUCGCUAAAGCUCUCCUUUCCAUACUAUAAUACUUGAAGUUUACAAUCCUGCAGCUAUCUCUGCUUUACAUAUAUAGAUGGACGGCAAGUAUCAUUAGUAAUUAUCCUUGGAUAAACUUGUUUAUGCAUUUCUUUUUAAAAGUGCACAGAAUUUUCUGUGGCUUCUAAUGUUUUACAAAUUGUAGCGAAUUUAAAUGUGGGGUGCUUCUUUCCUUGGAAUGACAGCUUUUAUGAAAUUAUAUUUCAGGGUUUUCAGCA